GGUCACUCGAGACAGUUGUACCCGGUUUUCUCGCCGUCUGUCUCGUUUCUCCCUGCUCCCUCCGUCUCCCUCCAUCCCUCCUUAAGCAAAACCCUAUGCAUGGCUUGAGAAACCUCUGAGAUCCUCCUAAUUUGGCAAUGGCUAAGAAACCAGUUACUAGAAGAGAACUCUUGAAUCGAUGGAGAAAUAUUGAAGAAGAAGACGAAAAUUUCGACGAUGCUUGCUCCGAUCCCUCGAAAGUCAAUCGCCUUCGCGAGCAGAAGGAAGAAUGGUUUGCAGAUGCUUUUAACUUCUUAAUUUGUUCACCAACUGAAAAUCAUAUCUGGUGUGGCUUUUGGGAUUUGAUGGGACCUCUUGUGGAGACAUUUUACAAUUACUUCAAAAAUGAGCAUCAUGAUUCUCCUCUCAAGCUUCUUUGGGUGAGGAUCUCUAAAGAAAUGCGUCGAUGCACACAAUGUAUUUGUCAGCACCAUCAAGCACAAGAGAUGUAUUGUGUGGAGUAUGAAUCAAGUUCCAUUGGUCCCCUUCUUGAUGUGCUGCGGCAUCUUGAUGAAGAAAGGGUCACUCAACACUUGAAAGAGAUAAAUGCAAGAAUAAUUCAGGGAGAAUAUGUUCCUGCACGCGAUGAUGCUGAAGUUGUUAGCGUGAUGUUUGAGGUUUUGAUGUUUCCGGUCCUGUUGGAUGACCAGUCAUUGGUCACUGAGUUUCAACUGUUCAUUCAAGCAAUUGAUGACAUGCACGAAUUGGCUUUGGCUGGGCAUCAACAAUAUCCGGGUGUUUAUGCAUUGCUUUUUUUCAAAAGUACAAGAAUUCGUUCUAUUGGUCGUCGCUUAGCUGGAUAUAUGGGAAAAUUAAGGAGAGCAGCAGACUUGGACCCUUUGCAGCCCUUGCUCAAGAAAUGCAUUCUCCUUCUGGAGAAGGAAGUGUUGCCAUCUAAUUUGGAGACUUCAAGGCCAAGGAUGCAGCUGGAAUUCACAUCCGUGUGGCUUGGAAUCAAUGCCUUGCUUGGUUUCUUGGAACCUUCAGCAUUUGAAGAAGGGAUAUUGGAGCGCUAUCCAAUUUUCCUGAGUAUUGUGCUAAAUCAUAUAAGUGACGAAUCAGAUGAAUUUCUGCAUGCAGUUAAAUGCUUGAGACAUCUUUUUGAAAUGCUUGGAUGUAAGCUAUGGUUGAGGUCUACACUGUCUCCAAGUGUGAUGCGCAAUACAUUGCUGGGUCAAUGUUUCCAUAGCCGAAAUGAGAAAAGUCAUAAAGAGAUUUUUGAUCUUUUCCAGCCUUUCCUGCAGUCUUUGGAGGCUUUGCAAGAUGGGGAACAUGAAGAGCAACGGAGACAUUUUCUUUAUUUUCUUCUCCAUCAAGUGACUGUGAGCAACAAUUUCAGUAUUCUAAUGAGAAAAAAGGCUUGCCAGAUAGCUCUUCUUAUUAUUCAUCGAGGUUACAAGAUGAACCCGCCAUGCCCACCUUUUGAGUGUGCACACAUGUGGGGCCCUUCUCUUGUGUCUUCAUUGAGGGACUCUUCGCUUCACAGUUCUCUGCGGCAACCUGCCUUUGAUCUUAUUCAAACUAUUAUUGUGUCUGAUGCUGCUGCCUUGAUAAUGUCUUUGCUGACUUGCCAUAUGCCUCCAAGUAAAUAUAGCAAUAUGUUUGUUGAGUUGGAUGAUGAAAAGGAUGAUGAUGGGCUUUUACUUGCUUUCGAAUUUGAGGAUGAUAUUAGUUCUUGGAGUGAAUUUAAUGCACAGGGUAAGAUUACCUCUCAGGAAUAUAAGGGUUGGAUGUGCAUGCCUAUGUUAUGGUUUGAUGUGUUUGUUGAAAUUGAUCCAUCAGUUCUUCCUACAUCAUUUUCAAAAGCUGUUUUUUGGGCUCGAUCACGUUUUUCAAUGGUAGAGCCUGAAAAUAAUGCUGAAAUGUUGGCUUCUGUUAGAGAUUGGUUGUCAUCCAGUGCUACAGAAAUUUCCACUUCAUUUGGGUGGAAAGUUCCAACAGGUUCUGAUGAUGGUGGACAUGGGAAGGAGUCGAAAAACUCAAUAAAGUUGUCAAUGAUGCAAGCCCCCUUGGUGAGAACAUUCAAAAGAUUUACUGCACAUUUUAUGGUUCGAAUUGAGCGAGGAGAACUUCUGAAGCAGUGGACUUGGGAACCAAGAAUGGGUGAAAGCUUGAUCCUCCUGCUUCUGGAUCCUAAUGAUAGUGUGAGGCAAGUUGGAAAGUGUAUCUUGGAGCAGGUUUCAAACACUCGAGGCCUUGCAAAUGGUUUACAGUUUCUUUGCUCCUCUUUACCUUCUUUGUCUGCCACUUUCUUUGGCCUGAAACAUGCUUUGAAAUCGGUUGAACUAGAUUCAGGCCUAUUAAAUUUUCAGGCAUUGCACAAUUUUUUCUUUGUUCUGUGUAAAUUGUUGAAAGAAGUGUUUCCAAGUUCUCGGGAGCAUCCAUCCAGUGACUUAAAUAUCUCAAAGUUCUCUUCACAAGGUGGAUUUCUAGUUGAUGCUUUAACCAUAAGUGAUCAUAAAAAUCUGUCUAUUGUUGACUUAAAAUCUUGGGACAAGUUCAGUUGCUUACUGGCGGAAACUGCAUGGCCUUUUAUACGGAAGUGUUUGGUAGAGGGGAAGGCUUUUAUUGAUUAUAGAUACUCCCAGAUGACAUGUGUCCGCUUACUUGAGAUCCUUCCUGUUGUUUUUGAAAGACUUCUCCUUUCAUAUCAUAAACUGUCUGGAAAUUCUGUGAUGAUGGUGGAGAAUGUAUUUGAUUUCAAAUGGCUUAAUGAUUUGGUUGAAUGGGGAAAUUCAUCACUUGAAGUCAUAGGCAGAUAUUGGAAACAAACUAUAUCUGCUUUGCUGGAUUUACUUCAAAGAUCAUGGAGUGACAAACAUACAGCAGUUAUCAGGGCCAUUGAAUGUGUAAUUUCACGUGACAGUGUUGCAAUGGAUGAGUUCGCUAAACAAGUAUCACACCUUUCUGUUUCAUUAUCAAAUGAAGCUUUUUAUAAUGCUGGAAAAGCGAAUUCAAAAGCUUUGAAACCUGAUGGCUUGUUAUGUGAGACAGAGUUUUCUGCUCCAUGUGCACGUCCCUCCUCCAUGGGGGAUGAAGAUGUACAGAUUCUUGACUCAUUAACUGUUGCGAACAAAAAGGAGAGCAAAAAUGUGAUUGUUCUUUCUGAUGAUGAGAUGGAGAAAGAUAUUUCUUCUGAGAUCAGUCAAUCACAUACUGAAUCAAAGCACUGUAGAUUGGAUGCCAGUACGCUGGUCCCUGUUGCUGAAAAAAGAGCCGUAAUAGGUGAUCUUGCAAAGAAAGUUUCUGAUACUGAUACAUCACAGAAUAUGUUGAUGGCUUCCCAGCAAAGAGAUGGGACGGGUAGUUCUAGUUUAGUUUAUCAGAAGCAGGAUUUUUCUACAUCUAGUAGCCAGCUGGUGUCAGCAUCUCUCAAAUCAAAAAUUUUAGGGAGCAGAAGAAAAGAAAUAAAUUUAGAAGGUAGCAUAAAUAAUUCUUUCCCAUCUCAAGGUAGCGUUAAUUUGAAGGAAUCUUUUGAUGGAACUGUAUAUUCCAAAAACACAGAUAACAAAUGCAACACUAUGGUUUCUGAACCAAGUGAUGUAGUCGUAAAAGAGUUGGUACGUGAUACUGAAGAUAGUUUGUGGGAGCUUGCACUUAAGUCUGAGAAGGGUCAUGAAUUGUGCUCAAGAAAGCCAAUAACUAAUCUUCCUAAGAGGCAACUCAUCCAACUUCAUAUGCCUUCGCAAAAUAGAUCUGGCUAUUUGCAUAGGCUGGAGGCUGCAUUAAAAAGGUUUAAGCCUCCAAAUCUUGAUGAGUGGUAUAGGCCUAUUUUAGAGAUUAAUUAUUUCACAGCAGUGGGGUUAUCAUCUGCAAGUGAAGAUGAGAGUCGAAGUGUUAGCAAUUUAAAGGAAGUCCCUGUGUUUUUUCAAUCACCAGAACAAUACGUGGAUAUUUUCCGGCCUUUGGUUUUAGAGGAAUUUAAAGCGCAGCUGCAUAAUUCCUUUCUAGAGCUGUCUUCAAUAGAGGAUAUGCAUUGUGGCAGUUUAUCUGUACUAUCGGUUGAGCGGAUUGAUGACUUUCAUCUUGUUCGCUGUUUACAUGAUAACAAUGAUUCAGCAGCAUCCAGAAACUGUUCUGAAAAUGACCUUGUUUUGCUAACCAAACAGCCUUUGCAAAAUUCUUCUCAUGAAGUUCAUUUAGUUGGAAAGGUGGAGAGGCGUGAGAAAGAUAAUAAAAAGAAGUUAAAUAUGCUGAUCAUCAGGUUUUUUAUUCAAAAUGGUUCGUCUCGCUUAAAUCGAGCUAGAAAGCUUCUCGUAGAACGGAGGAAGUGGUAUUUAAAUCGUAUCAUGAGCCUUACAUCCCAACUUCGAGAGUUCCAAGCACUUUCAUCAUUGAAGUAUAUCCCCUUGCUUCCUGUCAUCUUGAAACCUGACCGCAGUUCUCUUGGUUGCCAUGAAUACCAGGAAUUAUGCCUGGGUAAGCUGUCCCAACCUUUGCAGAAAAUACUGAAAUCAUCAUUUAAUGACAGUCAACUUCGAGCUAUCAGUGCUGCCAUUGGAUCUUCGGAUGCAAAUAAAAGUUUUGGUUUGUCACUUAUCCAGGGUCCUCCAGGCACCGGAAAGACACGGACCAUUGUAGCCAUUGUUAGUGGUUUGCUUGCUUCCUAUUCAAAGAGGAAGAAUGAAAUGAAUCACUGCAGCAAUCUGAAAUCAAGCACUACCUCAUGCACCAAUUUAAAGACCUCAAUUAGCCAGUCUGCUGCAAUUGCGAGGGCCUGGCAGGAUGCAGCCUUGGCUAGACAAUUGAAUGAGGAUGUAAAGAAAAAUUUGAAUUCAACGGAUAGUUCUGCGAGAGGAAGGGUGCUCAUUUGUGCUCAAUCCAAUGCUGCAGUUGAUGAGUUGGUGUCAAGAAUAUCUACUGAUGGUCUUUACGGCAGUGAUGGGAUGAUGUUCAAACCGUAUCUUGUAAGGGUUGGAAAUGCCAAAACUAUUCAUCCAAAUUCCCUUCCUUUCUUUAUUGACACCCUUGUUGAUCAACGCUUGGUAGAAGAGAGGAUGGAUUCAACUGAUGCAAAGAAUGAUUUAUGUGGGCACUCAGCGACACUCCGUUCUAAUCUUGAGAAAUUGGUAGAUCAGAUUAGGUUCUAUGAAGCCACGCGCGCUGAUUUAAGGGAUAAACAUUUAGACUCGAAAAAUUCUGUGGGGGAUGGGGCUACUAAGGGGGUUGGUAAUAAGGAAAUGUCUGAUGCAGAAAUUGGGGCAAAAUUACGAACACUUCAUGAACAAAAGAAUGAGAUAUGGAAAGAUCUUGCAUCUGCUCAGGUGCGAGAGAGGAAAGCCAAUGAAGAAAGCAGAGCCCUUAAACAAAAACUACGGAAGUCCAUAUUGAGGGAAGCUGAAAUUGUGGUAACGACACUGAGCGGCUGUGGGGGUGAUCUAUAUGGAGUGUGCUCUGAAUUCUCUUCAGGCCAUAAACUUGGAAAUGCAUCUGAAAACUCUCUGUUUGAUGCUGUUGUGAUUGAUGAAGCAGCUCAAGCUUUGGAACCAGCUACUCUUAUUCCUCUUCAGCUUCUAAGAUCAAAUGGGACUAAAUGCAUUAUGGUUGGCGAUCCAAAGCAGCUUCCAGCUACUGUGCUUUCUAAUGUUGCCAGCAAAUUUCAAUAUCAAUGUAGCAUGUUUGAACGCUUACAAAGGGCUGGUUAUCCGGUCACCAUGCUUACGAAACAGUAUAGAAUGCACCCAGAGAUAUGUCGAUUUCCUUCUCUGCAUUUUUAUGACAGCAAAUUAUUAAAUGGAGAUCAGAUGUCUAGCAAAUCAGCAACAUUCCAUGAGACUCCAGGCCUUGGACCCUAUAUUUUCUUUGAUGUUGUUGGUGGCAAGGAGCUUCGUGGUAAAAAUUCUGGUGCAUUGUCCCUCUAUAAUGAACAGGAGGCUGAUGCUGCAGUUGAAAUACUGAUGUUUUUCAGUCAGAGGUACCCAUCUGAGUUUGUUGGUGAGAGAAUUGGUAUCAUAACUCCAUAUAAGUGUCAACUUUCUCUUUUGCGUUCACGGUUCUCUAGUGCAUUUGGACCUUCUGUUACAGCUGAUAUGGAAUUUAAUACUGUUGAUGGUUUCCAAGGCCGGGAGGUUGAUAUACUGGUGCUUUCCACAGUCAGAGCAGCAGGUUCAUGCUCUACAGAAACUGGAAUAAACUCGAGCAGUAUAGGAUUUGUUGCGGAUGUAAGAAGGAUGAAUGUUGCUUUGACGAGGGCAAAGCUCUCCCUGUGGAUUUUGGGUAAUGCAAAAACGUUGAACACAAACCAUAGUUGGGCUGCUCUUGUGAAGGAUGCUAAAGAGAGAAAUUUGAUCAUAUCUUGUAAAAUGCCCUACCAGUCCAUUUUCAAAUCAGCAUUGAGAAUGAAAUCUGAGUCAGAAAAAUUUAAUACGCAUUCCAAACCGCUGGUAAAAAGCUCUAGGCAGCAUGUCAAACAAGAUAAACACAAUACUAAGGGGACCAGUGCAGGGGAAAGAAAAUAUAUUGGUUGUGAAGCUGAAAGAAACAAAAGAGUAGCCGGAGAAGACCAUGAUUUUCCAGCAGAUGUCCAAAGGAACAAAAGGACCAGAGAUGAGCACAGCUUUUCAAUGAAGGACGACUUUAGGUCUUUAGGUGUUGCUGAUAAGGACAGUAGAACCUCCAAAGAUUUGAAGUCUAAAACUGCAGGAGAAAAUGUUAGCAAUGCUGAAGAUAAGCAUAGAGGGAGUAUGGAAAAAACACUUAAUUUGGGGAAUGCUCAUAGAGAUAAGAAGAAAGUUACUGAUGAAAAUUCUAGGGGUAAACAUUUGAAGCCGCAAGUGUCGAGGGAGUCGAAGGAAUAUUUUGAGCAUAAUAAAACCCAUACUAAGAAGGAUGUUUCAAAAUCCUCCAUUGAUGGAGUCCAUCGUGAAAGAGAAGGAAAUGAUGGAUGUGGAGUCCCCAGUCAAGUUCAAACGCAUGGUGAUUUGAUUGCAAAAAGGAGGCAACAGCGGGAUGCCGUUGAAGCCCUUCUUUCUUCAGCUCUUGUAUCCUCAAGGAAGACUGAAAUCUCACUGAAAUCUGUGUCUUAUAAAAGAUCUGCCUCGGGAUCAGUUGCCGGUGGUGGCAUCAGACCAGCCAAAGCAAAGAAAGUUCCAGGGGCACCCUCAACAUCUACACUGCAGAAGCACACUGAUCAGACCCAUGAAGGUGGGAGUCACAAAUGAAAUAUGACUCCUUUCAUAAGCUCUGAUUCAAGAUCUAAAAGGAGCAUUGCGGGCUGUAAAGAGAAGGCCGCCUGGCUUUUGUCUCAGCUGUUUUAGCGGCCACUCCAUUUGGGUUUUAUGAUUGCUUGAAGCAGCAGUAAUUGAGGCUAUAAUCAGGAUUAGCGCUUGUGAGCUUUUGGGUUGCCUUGUACAUCAAAUUUUGUAUCCAUCGUAAUUGGUAUGAGUCUCUUUUUAUUUGUAUUCCUUUUGUAAAUUUUUAUAUCUAAUUCUUUGUUGAAGGUCACCAAACCAUUAUUGGUUAACUCGAGCCUGUCCAUGUAAAUAUUGUUUAUAUUAAAAUAGUUGCUAGAAAUCAAAAGCUUCACUUUUAUUUUUGCCUA